AUGGACGCAAAAGUAGAUGAGGAGCGGCCAAGGGGUGGGGUGGCGAGCAUCAGGAACAGUGACAGUCCCCGCUCCUGUCUCAUGUGGCUGUGCGAGGCUGAAAGAACAGAUGGAUCGUUCUCCGGUCUGCAGCAGAUACUGCACAGUCAUGAAGAACUGAAAUAUGUCAUUGCAAUAAAAAAGAAAAUAGACUCCAUUCCUGUGGAUGCCCCUUCGACAGGAGCCCUCUGCAGCCCCAAGAAGGAGGUUCUUGACUGUGAAGGACUGCUGUGCUCUGCAGAAGACUUGCCCAAUGUGCUGCUUCUGAGUUCCUCAGAUCCCCUUCCUGGCAUCGCCUGUACCUGCAGCCUCCUCACAUCCUGGUACCAUCCCGAGAGUCCCUCUCCCCUCACUCGGCAUCCUCCCGGGUCCAUCCCGGUGACACAGCCUGAAAAUGCUGGGCACUUUGCCACCUGCUACUUCCCAGAAACAGGUGCUCAGGCACCUCCAGCUCUGGGCAUCCGUGUUCACCUGGGUCCCGGAGCUGCUCUCUGUCUGCUGGUGGACUUUGGGGACAGUUGUGGAACUGAGAUGAGACUGUGUACAAUGACAGAUCCAGCUGCAGUGACUGCCUACCACCGGUACAGGAAAGAAGGAGUCUACAAGCUCAGGGCUGUUAUCCAUAACGUUCAUGGAGUUGAUGUGGAACUGGGACCUUAUUAUGUGGACAUUGGCCAUGAGAAUGUGUCUGUGUUCAUGAAUUCCAGCUCUAUCCACGAUGGUGAAGCUCUUUCCUUUGCUGACUCCCUCCCACAGCAGAAAGGCACCAUCGUGAUGCAUGGCUACUCGUCUGUUUCUUCACACAAUGUGUCCUUUAUUUCUCAGGCCCGAGUGGGCAGCGGCCAGGCUUGGCUUGGUGUGACUGUUGGGUAUAAGCUGCAAUCUGUGUCUAUCCACACCAAUGGAACUGUGUUUGCUGCAGACACGAACAUCACAUUUGUGGCUGUUACCAAUGAAACUAUACCCCUGGAGUUUGCAUGGUAUUUUGGAGAUGACCCGCCAGUGAGGACAACUUCCAGAAGCAUUAGAAGAAGGCUGAACAUCCCUCAGUGGUACCAUGUGAUGGUCAAGGCCACCAGCAGGAUCGGCAGUGUGGUCUCUGAGUCCCACCUCAUCAGGGUACAGAAGAGAAUCACGGCCAAUCGGCUCAUGUCCACUGCCUCAGCCCUGGUAAAUGCCAAUGUGUCCUUUGAGUGCAGACUCAACUUUGGCACUGACGUAGCCUACUUGUGGAACUUUGGAGAUGGGACCACUGAGCUUGGCAGCAGCUCCUCCAGCCAUGUCUACAGCAGGGAGGGAGAGUUUACAGUUGAAGUCCUUGCCUUCAAUAACAUCAGCUCCGCCAUCCUAAGAAAGCCACUUUUCAUUGUACACGAGCCUUGCCAACCACCUCCGGUGAAGAACCUGGGGCCUCAGAAGGUGCAGAUAUGGAGGUCUCAGCCCCUGAGACUUGCAGUGACAUUUGAAGCUGCAGUCCUCUGUAACAUUUCCCAAGGGCUUUCCUACACCUGGAGCGUUGUGGGUGCUGAGGCAACUGUGGUCACCCUCCCUGCUGCUGUCAACACCCACAGACAGACCAUCAUGCUCCCAAGCUACACCCUGGAGUGUGGGAACUACACCGCUGUGGCCAAGGUUCAGAUCAAGGGAAGCAUGGUAUAUAGCAACUACUGUGUUGGCGUGGAGGUCCGAGCCAGGGCUCCUGUCAGCGUGAUCUCUGAAGGCACGCACAUCUUCAUCCCCAGGUCCACCACACCCUCCAUCAUCCUCAGAGGGUCCCAGUCCUAUGACCCUGACAGCCCAGGGGCCGCUCUCCGGUAUCACUGGACCUGCACUGCAGCCAGCUCGCCAAGGUCCUGCUUUGAGGACUCUACUCCAUACCAAGUGGAUACUCAGGCUCCUGCCAUUUCCUUCCUAGCAAAAUGGCUCAGUGAGUGCUGUGACCAGUUUCUUGUGACACUUACAGUCUCCAGCAAUGGACAGAACUCUUCUCAGGCUGUGAUAUUCCUGUCCACCCAUCCUGACCCAGACUUCAGAUUCGUCCACAUCUCAUGGGUCAAUUUUAGAGACAUCCGUGUAAACUGGAAUGAAGAACUGUCUCUCAGAGCUGUGUGUGAAGACUGUGGAGAUGUAGCCGACCUCACUUAUUCCUGGGAUCUCUUCCUAGUCAAUGCAACAGAAAAGAAUACAGUGGAAGUUCCCUUCUGCAGCACUGUGGGGCUGCUGGGCGCUUCAGCAUUUGGGGCCAUUGUGAAGUUGUCUAAGCCAGACCUGCAGUCAAGCCCCAGAGGAUCACAGACACUACACUCAUCAGAGUGGUCACCUAUGCCCCUGAGCUGGUCAGCUCUUUACAACCUGGGAAGCAUUUCCACUGAGUCCACGGCAGGUGGCCACCACAUUCCUGCUGGGGGUCCCAUGGUAGGCUCAGGGGAGCCUAUGGAGGAUUACGGCUCACUGAGUCCAGGACCAGGUUCCCUGGAGGAGGAAGCUUUUAUGAUGAGCACCUCAGAGGGAAGCUGGUCCCCUUCCAGCCCCUCCCCUGCCUUUGAUGAUUUUGAAGCCUAUUAUAGUGACAUCCAAGAAGAUGUGCCAUCCUUAGGAAGACAGCCAGGCACCAGUGCCAACUUCCAGGAAUCAGGACCAAGCACCAGCACCGAGGAGAGUGCCAAUGAUGGGGACAACCUGCUGGGUCCUUUCCUUCACAGAGGCAGAGCAAAGCCAGCUCUCAUGGUUGACUGGCCCAAGACCCUGGUCAGCCGAGCUGUCUUCCACAACUACACCUCCUCAGGUAUCAUGGGACCAGCUGUAACAAUAACACCGUUCUCACUGAGCAGUGGCGAGAUGUAUGUCUUACAGGCUUCUGUAGCUUCAAAGCAUGCCUUACUAGGCAAAGCUCAGCUCUACAUAACGGUCAACCAAGUCCCACGGGACAUGUCCUGUCAGGUGCGACCCCACAGUGGUACGGAGGCACAAACCAUCUUCAGUGUCUUCUGCAUGUCAGGGAAACCGGACUUUCAUUACGAAUUUCGUUACCGGAUAGGAAACACUUCUCCACACACCCUGUACCAUGGACGAGAUACCCAGUACUACUUUUUAUUGCCAGCUGGUGAGGCCUCAGAUGAUUACAAAGUCUUUGUUUCUACUGAGAUCACAGAUGGCCAAGGCUCCAAGGUGCAACCAUGCACUGUGGAAGUGACUGUGCUACCCCGUUACCAUGGAAAUGACUGCCCUGACAAGGACCUAUACAGCUCCACCCUGGAAAACCUGUCUUCUCUCCAGCUGCUGGGGAGUUACACAGAAGUGAGGAACUACAUCACCAUGAUCACUGCCAUCCUGAGCCGUUUGUAUGUGAAGAGCACAAACACUUCUUCGUGUGGUCUAUGGUCACAGAUACAGGAUGUAUUGAUUUCUUCAGCAUGCGAAGUACCUGUUACAGACCAGGAAGCAAUGGUGGAUUCUCUUCAUAUAUUGAGAGACCUCAUAAGCUUCCCUAAUAAGUUGAGCUUGAUGAGUGGCAUGUACAUCCUCAAAUAUGCCCAGAUGUCCCUUGCUCAAGGUCAGUUCUCCGAAAAGUUGCUGGUCAACAAAAAACUGGGAGUUGAACUUAUCCUUCUCAUCUCUGGAGUCUGGGAAGCUGCCAAAGAAGACACGAGGAAUUGGGAGUACCUGCAAGAAGAAGGCAUGAAGAUCAUCUCUGACACGUUACUAGACUCUCUCUCGCUGAGCCACCAGCAUCAGCUGCACAUAAGCACUGGGCAGAUGGAGUUCUGGACCCUUCUCCAUCACAGCUUUCAGAGUUCCAUCCAGAACCUGGGCUUCAUCUCGGUCCAUUUCCCUGGUGGCCUGGCCAUGCACAGUCCUGCUCAAGAGGAAUCACAAAGCCCAUGCUACAUCAGCCAGCUCAUGUUCUUCAAAAGCAGCCCUUAUCCAGGGGGACGAGCCCCCGGACAGGUGGGUGAUGUGGUGAGCCCUGGGCUCUACAGCUGCCAGAGCAGAAGACCUAUUCUCAGAGGACGGCUUGCGAUGCCCGUGACUGUGGAGUUUGGGGAGGAAGAUCACCUGCACAAGAGAAAUCCAACCAUGUUUGCAUUGCUUCGAGAUGAGGUGAAUCUCCACCGGUUCACUGGGCUCUCUGAAAACCCCCAGGAAACCUUGCAGAUCCACAUCAACUUCUCCAAGCCCAUUACAAGAGCCUUCCCCAUCAUGCUGUUAGUAAGGUUCUCCAAGAAAGCCACGCCUUCUGAUUUUCUUGUGAAGCAGGUCUACUCCUGGGAUAAGCAGACUGUACAAAUUUAUGUACCUGCUAUUCCACGGAAAGGAACCAAUGUGGGGUAUUUAUCCCUAUUAGAUGCUGAUUAUGACAGGAGGCCUCCAAACAAAUACCUUGCUGGGACAGCAAACUAUACAGUGCAUUUCCAGUGGACCCGGUGUGUGUUUUGGGACAAGACAGAGUGGAGAUCCGAAGGUUCCUGUCCACAACCAGGAACGUCUCCUGAAAAAGUCAGCUGCAGCUACCAUCGCCUUGCGCCUUUCUCUGUCCUGAGAAGAAAGCUGAAUGCCACUUUCGAAGUGAGCCCCAUUUCUGAGUUUCGGAGUCACCCACACAACUUGCUUCCCGCUAUUUUCAGUGUGUUUUUCUUGGUUCUUUAUGGAUUGUUGGUGGCUAAAAGCAGAUGUGUAGAUAGUCACAAGAAAAAGAAACCUGGUUGUAUUUUUCUGGAAGAAGAUACCCCACCUGGCCACCAGUUGUAUGCAGUCAUCAUUGACACUGGCUUCCGGUCACCAGCCCAGUUUACGUCAAAGGUUUACAUUGUUUUGUGUGGUGAAAAUGGCCUCUCAGAAACCAAAGAACUCUGCUGUCCAGAGAUGUCCUUGUUUGGAAGGAAUUCCAGGCACGCCUUUAUACUGAGCACUCCUAACCAACUGGGGCCACUCCAGAAGAUCCAACUCUGGCAUGACAGCAGUGGACCUUCCCCAAACUGGUUCCUCAGCCACGUGAUGGUGAAGGAGCUACGUUCAGGCCAAGGCUGGUUCUUCUCUGCCCAGUGCUGGCUGGCUGUGAGCUUAUGUGAUGGCCGUGUGCAGCGAGAGCUCUUCUGCCUGCGCCACGGUCUUGGCUUCUGGAAGCUUUUCUAUUCAAAGUUCACGGAGUACCUGGAGGAUUUCCACAUCUGGCUCUCCCUGUACAGCCAGCCCCCCUCCAGCAGCUACCUACACACACAGCGACUUGCGGUGUCCUUCUGCCUCCUGUGUGUCUACUCCUGCCUCGCUGCCCUGGUCACUGUGGGAGGCCAUGAACAGCGCCCCCUGGAUGUUGGUCCCACUCUUAUCACUCUGGAAUCCUUCGGUCUGAGUCUCCUGUGCACCUUCCUGGCCUGCCCAGCUGCCCAGCUCUUAUCCCUGCUCUUCAGGGUCAGCCAGGUGUGUGGCCCUGUGCCCCUGGGGAGACCCCCGAUGUGGGGUGCCCUUACCAACCAACCUCUUUCCUUCACAGGAGGCCGCAGGGCGUCUACAGGCUGUGCCACAGUGGCCUCUAAGAGGAGUGAAGACAGAGCUCCCAGCAGUGGUUUCGAAGGACUUGUACUCCAGCGGUCAAGGGUCUGUCUACUCUGGUCAAGCUCUGUGGCCUGGGCCAUUUGUGGAUCAGCUUCCCUUGCGUGUGGUUUGGGGACAGGAUUCCUAGGCUACAGGUUUGUGCCAGAGCAGUUUAUGUGGUGGCUGCACCUGCUGCUGCUCUCGGUGAUCUGCUGUGCAUCUGUCACCCAGCCACUCAUGAUCUGUUUGGCAGCGCUGGCCUUUGCCUGGAAAAGGAAACAUGACAGCCAAUUUUUUACUGAAUCUUUACAUGAUGCAACCAGGGAUCUCGAUUUGGAAUUGGAAGAACACUCCAGAACCCACAUUGCUCAUUCUCCCAGCUCCUGUUAUCCUGACAGUGCUGAGGAGGCUGAGAGGGUCUUGGCUGCCCGACAACGACAACGCCACCUGCGCUGGGCUCAGCCACCAUCCAGGGCCAAGUUCAGAGUGACCAGGGAGAGACUGAGGAAAGAGAGCCGGGUGCAGGCAGCCCUGAGAGACAUCUCUGUGCACAGCCUCAUGCUGCUCCUGCUUUUGUUUAUAACAUAUGGGAGAGUCUGCCCAGGUGAAUAUUCUCUCAAUCAAGCCAUCAGGAAGGAAUUUACAAGAAACGCCAGACACUCCUUUGGGGACCUGAGCAGCACCGAUGACUGGUGGGACUGGACUCUGAGCACGUUGCUGGAUGGGCUGCACCCAGAAAGACCCUCUGUUGGAGCCCGGGGGGCUCAGCCUGGAGCUCUCGGAGGGCAGUGCCAUCUCAUAGGCCCUUCUGUGAUCAAGCAGCUGAAGGUUUCUUCCGGUACUGCAUGCACACCUCCCAGGCCAUUCUCAGAGCUCAUGGAAGAUGCACUACCUACACAGAGUCAUAACCUUGACCUUGAGAACCAAAAUGUGACCCCUGGUGGUCCUGAGGCCUGUGGGGUGAAGAAGGAGAGCUCCAUGCACAGCCUAGGAAGAACAAGGCGUGAAGCCCACUCAGCCCUGACCGCACUCAGGGCCAACAGGUGGAUUGAUCAGGGCACCAGGGCCAUGUCUGUGCACUUCACUCUCUACAACCCUCCAACACGACUCUUCACAAGUGUGACCCUAGGCGCAGAGCUGCUCCCCACGGGAGGCCUUGUCCCCUCGUCCUUGGUAGAGUCGUUCAGCAUCUUCUAUAAUGCCUCAGUCCCGCAGUACCUUCUUAAGCUUUCUGAGCUGGUGUUCCUGGUACUCAACGUGACCCACCUCUGUUUCCAGCUCUGGGGAAUGGCCACCAAGGGGGUCCUCAGCUACUGGAGAAAACUGAGACACUGGCUGGAGCUCUCUAUGGUUUGGGUAGCCCUGGCCUACUAUGUAGCCUCUGGUCACCUCACUACCCUUGCUGAGAACAUCACUGACCAGUUCCACAAAGGAUUUCAUCAGAUGUAUGUGGACCUAAGUCUGAUGGUGUCAUGGAAUCAGAGGGCAAGAUGGCUCCGGGGAAUCCUCCUGUUCCUCUGGAUGUUGAAAUGUGUUCACCUCCUCGGCUUCCUGAGCACCAUGGCAUCCUUCUCAGCAGGGACACAUUCGUCUCUCUCCAGAGCCUUUGCACCAGCAGUAAGAAUUCUCUCCCCUUCUCCAGUGAUUUCCUUAGCCAACUAUGUCAGGAAUGCUGUGGAAGGCCUCUUGUAUGUGAACAUGCUUAAUGAUCACAAUGGACUGCGGCUGUUGGGGACCCUGUUGCUGGUGGCCCAUUCCCACUUGUGCCAGUUCCUGCUCUCCACCGGGACGCCAUCACCUAGCACCCCUACAGAUGCAUUUCCUGGGCUGCUGCUUCAGUUUCUGGGAAGAAGCCCGAAGGAUGCACUGCACAAUCAUUUGGAGUCUGACCAUCAAGCCGUGACUUGUUACUCUGGGGCCCUCUUUCUGCUGGCGGCAACGCUGUGUUUCGGAAUGCUGAGGGCUUCCCUCCUGACUUUUUUCCGAAAAAGAAAGUCUUUUCAUAGAAAAUCUCUCGUGACACUUAACAAUGUUGCUGUUUAUGCCUGGCACAAAGUCCUCACCCUUCUGGGGCUGGAAACAACAACUCUGGAAGAGACUGAGGUGGCUGCGGACCAUAAUUAUUACCUGGAUGAAUUUUCCAGCCUAUUGGAUGAACUUCUGGUGAAGAUUGAUGGUUUGUCUGACAGCCUAGAGCUUUCUAUCCUAGAAAAACACUGGAAGAGGACAGGGGAGUCAAUGGCGGUGGAUAGUCCUUCAGUUGGCAAUUCAGUGUAACAAGAU